UUGAAAAUAAGCUUCAAGAUAAACCUUAUAUAUUGAAACUUUGUUAUCAUCGUGUAAUAAAGAUGGUCAUAUCAAAAGAAUAUAGAUAUGAAUACAAUAAGUAUUAUUGUCUUUUUAAUCAGAAUAAUUAUUUGCUAAAGAAAAAUUGAAAAUUGAUUUAAAAUCCAUAUUUUUCUGUUAAUUAAAGAUCAAAGAUAAAUACUUCAUUUAAGAUUAAGUGCUAAAUCGAAAUAUUAUGAUAAAAAAAAAAAAAACAUGCGUAGAAUAAUCGCUUAAAAAGUUUUCUCUAAAAUAUUUUUCAAAUAUGCAUAUUAAAAACAUUUUAAAUUAGCGAUUAUAUAGUGAAAUAGAGCUAGUAUAUGUAAAACCAAAAUUAGUGUAGCGUCGUUAACCUAUGCUGGGCGUAAACGGACCAACGUAAUGACAAUUACGUUAACCUGCUAUUAUGUGAAAAGGCAGCAAUCAGGGACAAUAGUUUUUAAGGUAAUGAAGGAGAAUCAUUAUUUCUAUGGUGGUUACGGAAAAGUGGCUUGUGCCAGUUAAUCCAAUUCCAUAAGAUAAUGGAGAAUCAAAGCCAUCAUAAUCAGAUUCUUCAAACGCAUCAAUCUUUUUGGAAAAAGAAUACUAGAGCUGUACCAGGCAGGCCAAGUCCCAAACAAGAUGUUAGACAUGAUAAGAUAGGUACAACAAUGAUCACAUCCAGUGGUUUGACCAGUACAGUUUCAGUCGGUAGUGGUGGCAGUACAGGUGGAGGAAGUGGUUCUACAUCCUUUCAAGAUUUUCAGGAGAGCGUGGAUGAUGCUUGGGAUUCCGGAGAUGAUGAAUUCUGUACAGUUUCUGAUGUAAAAAUAUCAAAGAGAGUUAGUCAUUCAGCUGCACUUAGUGUAAUUAACAGUCAUAGAUCAGGCACUGCAAGCAAAGAAUUACAAACAAAUCCUAAAUUAGUCCAGCGAACUCAAGAAAUCAUUCCUGAAGAAAAAAAAGCAGAGGCUCUCCAAAGAUUAGCUGUCCAGCCAUUGCAUCUAAGGAAUGCUAACUUGUCUGUUUAUCCUCAAAUUAAUAAUAGUCAGCAUUCUACAGAAAAUUCUGAUUCCAAAUUUGGUCAGAAUACUUCUCCCCAACAUAGGCCAACACAAUUUCCUGGUAGACCACUUCCAUUAAGGCAAACGAAUUCUUCUACAAAAUUUUUUAUACCUUCAAAAGAACAAGAUGGAGAAAGUAAAAUAGAUAAAUUUAAAUCUCUUUUGGAUGCAUCUGUAUUAAAUUUAGAAGAAUUAAGACAGUUAUCGUGGUCAGGUGUUCCAGCGAAGUUACGAUCUGUUACCUGGAGAUUAUUGUCUGAAUAUCUUCCAGCAAAUAUAGAAAGGAGGCAACAUGUCUUAGAACGUAAACGUUUAGAUUAUUGGAAUCUAGUAAAACAGUAUUAUGAUGUGGAAAGAGAUGAAGGAUUCCAAGAUACAUAUCGUCAAAUUCAUAUUGAUAUUCCAAGAAUGUCUCCCCUCAUUUCAUUAUUUCAACAGACAACUGUACAAUUAAUUUUUGAAAGAAUACUUUAUAUAUGGGCUAUUCGACAUCCAGCUUCUGGCUAUGUACAGGGUAUGAACGAUCUUGUUACUCCCUUCUUCUUAGUAUUUUUGCAAGAGGCUAUACCAGUAUCAGCUUGGCAAGAUAUAGAAAAUUAUGACUUGGCAUCUUUAAAAAAAGAACAACGUGAUAUUAUUGAAGCAGAUAGUUUUUGGUGUUUAUCCAAAUUUCUUGAUGGUAUCCAAGAUAAUUAUAUAUUUGCCCAAUUAGGAAUACAACAUAAAGUGAAUCAAUUAAAGGAACUUAUUCAAAGGAUUGAUGCUCCUUUACAUCAACAUCUUCAUCAACAUGGGAUAGAUUAUUUACAAUUUUCUUUUCGAUGGAUGAAUAAUUUAUUAACCAGAGAAAUUCCAUUGCAUUGUACAAUUCGCCUGUGGGAUACCUACUUAGCAGAAUCCGAUCGAUUCGCUUCAUUUCAACUUUACGUAUGUGCAGCUUUUCUUCUUCGUUGGAGACGUCAUUUACUCUUACAACCUGAUUUUCAGGGCUUGAUGUUGAUGCUACAGAACUUGCCUACACAAAACUGGACAGAUUCAGAAAUAGGUAUUUUGGUUGCAGAAGCCUAUAAAUUGAAAUUUACAUUUGCAGAUGCACCUAAUCAUCUGCAAGCUCAUGACUCCAGGUGACCUUUUUUCUACAUGUUCGGCUAAUAUUGUUACUAUAGUGGCCAAAAUAACUGGCAUUAGCUCGUAUUGCCAGUUUAAUUAAUUCUCCCUUUUUAUAAUUAUAUAAGAGUGAAAGUCAGUCCACUGUAACUAUUUUUAAAAGAGAUUCGAAGAUUUGUUUACCUUUUUCUUUAAUUCAUAUAAUCGUUAAGUUUUUGAAAGACGGAAUGUCUUUGUAAAUUUUAUUUCUAUUUCUAUAGUAGCAUAUUAUAAUUCAAUUACAAAUAUACUCGCCAUUUUUCAGUUUACAGAUAUGUAAACAUAAGAGGUAAAAGAGGAACCUAACGCGAAUCGAUUGUCAUAUUUUUGAUUCACGUUAUGUUUAGAUAAAAUGCCUCUAAUAUUAUAUAUAUAGAUAAUAUAUAAACAGAAGUUUUAUAUAUUGA